AUGAAUGCUGUCAUCAGGCAACGUACUAAUGUCAUGUCGAAAGAAGAUUACUGUGCAAUGGUGCGGACAACCAAUGCUGAGCAGCGCGACCUCAUCCUGCAAAUGAUCCACAGUUUGCACAGUUACGAUGAAAGCAGCAAGCCGAUGCAGAUUUUCUUUACUGGACCUGCUGGGUGCGGUAAAACAUUCACUCUGCGCAUUUUAAUGGAGACGAUAAAUCGCUACAGUCAAGCCCACAACGCGCAGAAGAACGCCUAUGUGGCGUGUGCUUCCACCGGAAAAGCAGCCGUUGCUAUAGGAGGAACAACCGUUCAUUCAGCGUUUCGGAUCACUAUGUCAAGGCGAGCCAAUUCGAAACUCAGCUUUGAGAUGCUGCAGUUGUACCGCAAUGCUUUUGCAAACAUUAAGGCGGUCAUAAUCGAUGAAGUUAGUAUGAUUGGUGCGGAUAUUCUCAACACCAUUCAUGUGCGUCUUCAGGACAUUAGUGGCAAUUAUGAUGAUCCAUUUGGCGGAAUUAACAUCGUAUUCUGUGGAGACUUGCGACAAUUGCCACCCGUCAAUGCAAGGCCUGUUUACAAGCCUACAGGUAAUUCCUUUCACGGUGCUGUUCUUUGGCAAGCAUUGGAUUUCUUACCGCUUGUUAAGGUUAUGCGGCAGACAGAUGUAGAGUUCUCCAGUAUACUCACUAAGAUUGGUAAUGGCCAGCAAAUGACUGCUAAGGACACCAAACUGAUUGAAAGUCGGUUCCGCACUGUAGAGUGGUGUAAACAAAACGCACCAGGAGCAAUAAGGCUUUAUCAUCGGAAUGCGGAUGUUGAAGCAUACAACAACGAAGUACUGCAUAAUCAGGAUGCUCUGGACUGUAUAGCGGGUGACGUUUUUGCGGGAUACAAGGACGCUGGUCAACUGGCAAGCUCUCGCAUCAAGCUCUACAAGAUGAGCGUCGUGGAAACCGGUGGGUUACCGUAUUUGCUACGCCUUUCCGUUGGUAUGCCAUACAUGAUUACAACCAACGUCGAUGUAGAAGAUGGCGUAGUGAAUGGUGCGAUAGAGAUUGAUGGAUAUAAGCGCAUCACCCAGUGCAAGCGAAUGGGUAUGAGAGCGGCUGGAGUCGCGAUCUAUCAGAAGGAAACGGCAUCAACCGUGGCUGUUCCGCAUCCCAUCAAGCAACUCGGUGAGGAUCGAGACGAGACGUUUGCCGAAGUGAUCAACUAUGGAGACAUAUGUGCAGCAAAGCUCACCGUGGGUUCGGUUCUCAGGGUCGGCACCACCUGCUUAGGGGACAUUAACAAAAGCGGAAAUGGAGCGGGCCGGCGGACUUGCCGGGGUUCUUUUGACGUUGGUGGGGGCCUUGUCGCGGACGAUUGGUCCGCGAAACCGGUGGAUCCAGGCUUGUGGGCCGGCGAGGCUGCUGUAGGUUGUUGCACGGACGCCCUUGGCGUGCCGGCGGUUUCGGAGGCGUUCUUUGACGCUGGUGGAGGCCCGGUCGCGGACGAGGUGGUUCCUGGCUUGUGA